GCAUUCGACACAUUCGCAUCACACUAUCAUUUCUUGCUUUAACACAAUGUCGGCCUCUUUACUCGUCAAGCAGGCUAUGCGCGUGCCAUUUGCUGCUGCUGCCGUCAGACCUGCUGCUUCAUCUUCCAUCAAGCUCUACUCAACCUCAACUUCAACAGCCUCAAACUCAACUUCCGUCACAGAGGCUGUUGAGCCAACCACCACCCUUCAAGCGGAGAUCAUCAGUGGUGCUCCUGAGGAGGUUCGUUUCCAUCCAUGCCGUAUCUACCAACAGGCAAAGGCUGCUACUCAGUCCGGAAUCGCUAACACUGGAUAUUGGCGACUUGACUUUGACACUGAGCUUGAAGCUGAACGUUUUGAAAACGAUUCUGAUUAUAUGCAUUCCCUUGCCAUGAAAUUCAGAACUAAGGAAGAUGCUAUUGCCUUUGCCGACAAGCAAGGUUGGGAUUAUACUGUUCAAGAGCCUAACAAGAGGGUUUUCAGGAAGAAAGUCUAUGCUGACAACUUCAAAUACUCACCAGGCAAACUUCGUUUUGUUAAGACCAAGUAAAAUAAACGGCGAAGAAGUAAAAAAAAAAAAAAAAAAAAAAAGAGAAUAAAUAAGCAUGACAACCAUCAACGACAAUCGAUGCCGCUCUCUAAAUUCUCUUACUGGCGAGAAUAGUAGAAGGAUGCGCUGACUAGGAAGAUGAAAAAUUUAUAGAACUAUCAUUUAAAUGAAUGAAAUACACAAAACUCCACUCUUAUUUAAAUAUAUCUUAGUUAUAACGGACGUAGUAU